CCUCCUCCCCCUCCACUUCUCCACGACACUGCAAAAAAUGCACAUCUCCUGUGGAAUGAGUUAAAGAAAUCGCGAGCCCGACAUCCAACAUUCAACGUGAAAAUUUUUCAUCAGAAUAAUACGAUAGCAAAACUCAAUUGAUAGAUCGCCGCACGGCAGCAGCAAUAACGGUUACGGCAGAGUCAUAUCAACGAUAAUCUUGAACGCAAAAAUAAGGAACGAACUACGCUCGAAAUUACAACGGUACAGCUUCUAUUUACAAAGGAAUAACAACUAUAGCUUGAGACCGAGAUAAGACGUAAAAGCAAAAUUAAUGGAGGCCGAUACCGCUGAGAACGCCGAGAUUUUGGAACUCGAAGAAGGCGAGGUUGUCGAUGACGAGGGUAUAAGUGAUUUUGGCAGUUACAACAUUCUUCAAAGGCCGCACAUCGCAAAGAGCCAUGACAAACAACCUAAAACUAAUUAUACGGAUGAAUCCGAAGAAACAUCGGCAUCUGCGAGCGAUUCAGAUUCUGACUCCAGCCUGGUAAAGGUUAAAAGGCCCAAGGUGAAAAUAAAGCGCAGAAGAAUAGAAUCGCAGAGCAACAGAAACAAAAGUAGCGACAAAUACAAAAUAUGGUGUACUCAAGUGCAGGAGGAAUCAUUAACGGAAAACCUUGUUUCCUGUGGCGUCACUAAAAAAAUGUAUCAAGGCCGCAAUGUGGAGAAUUAUGAUUUUCCAGGAUGUUAUGAUUCUAUACACAAUGCAAAGAGGGAACCGAACAAUAGUUCUGAGGAGGAUGAGGAAGAGGGACGACCACCCGCCAGGCUGAGUAACAAGAGAACGAACGCAGACAGAAAGAACGUCAAAUUAAGACUGGGGAAGAGACGAAAUUCCAUGGAAGUUGAUAAGCAGAAAGGCGCUGUAAAAAUAAUGGCUGAAUUAGGAGUGAACGGAGAAUCGACCGACGAUCAAGUUGCUGCUGAUAUAGCUGAGAAACUUAAUGAAAAAAAGGAUUCUCUCAUAAGGAGAGUGGUUGACAUAAUCGGUAAAAAAGAGGCGAUCGAGUUUUACGAGGAAACGAGAAAAAUUGAGGAAGCAGGAGGAAUGUUAAUAAUGAACGGAUCACGAAGAAGAACAGCAGGUGGGAUUUACCUCUGGCUCGUGAAGAACGACGAACACAUACCGCAAGAAAAAAUAAGAGAAAUAUUUUCAAUGGACAAAAAACAAAUGGCUGAGCAGCGCAAGAAAGAAGACGCUUCGAAUCGUCGACAAAAGACACAAGAAUUAAUGCGAAGCUUGGAGAACGGUUCCGAGAAAGAUUUGCCUGCUUUGCUCACCCGGGCCGAAUUAUCGACGAGGCAAAUUGCCGAAGAAGCAAGAUUACGGCGUGGCGAAGGCAUGGACAGAAAUUUACCUGAUUCCGAGCGAACUGUAUCGAAUCCGCCCCCCAGCCCCGUCACCGACGAUCCAGAUCACUCCGAGCAUCAUCACAAUCAUCAUCAGCAUCAAAAUCAACAAAGACAACAGCAGCAACAGCAUCAACCGCCACCACGAGAGCAUCAUCAUUGCGCCAGUCCAUCCCCUGGACAGCGCCGAGUGCAAAAUUAUAACGACGAUUUUCUCGACAUCGGUCUUGACGUUGACAGCAUGGAGGUCUUUUAAACAUAAAUUCACUAUUCUCAUAUCUUAUCACUCCAUACUGAAGUUUGCAUCAAAGUGAUGCAGUGAAAUUCACAUUAUUUCAGUAUUGCGCAAUUUUUCUUUACUUUUUACAUUUACUCGAAAGCAAUUGUUCUUCGCCAGUAACCAAUCACUCAAAUCCACCAAACAUGUAUCAUUUAUUCGAUAUUAUGAAAUUGAGAGAUAGCUAUAAAUACGUCAAAUUCGACGCACGAUACGAGCUUCACAAUAGUCAUCCGUUGAGAUUCUCUUAUUUGAAACAAACAAAGCGCUACACGAACGAAACACCUCGUGUCUCGAAUCUUCGCACGCGGCGGGGGACUAGAAAGUGAAAAAAUCACCGAAAAAAAUGCAGAAAGAAGGAAAAACAGAAUUUAUGCCUGUCAAGUAAUUAUCUUUUUUAUUUAUUUCCAAUUACCAGUCGGAUCUUUCGUCAAUUGAUUUUUCCCACACAGUGUACAUACAAAACAAUUGGCGAAUGUUCCCGUUUGUACCAAUUAGUUGAUUAUUCACGCGUUUCAUUUACUUCUUUCCGAUAACACUUUUAUUGCUUUAAAUCAAACGAUUCGGAGCGACGAAUGUGGCAUGGAGCUGAUAGAUAAUCGUUGAGAUAAAAAGCCUUUCGGGACACGAGAAAAGUUGUUGGUUCGGAUGCAAAAAGCAGUUGGAAGCGUGUAAUGGUUUUUAUUUAUUUAUUUUGUGGUUUAGAGUACACAUUUCGUAAUAAGCAUUAUUGGGCGUCGCGGAGGUGGCCUUUGGAGGGGUGUACUCGAAAUUACAAAACCACUGCCACUUGUAUCGAAAUAUUCGUGGCGCCGCGCCCAACGCGAGAGCAAUUUGAGGCUCAUCGGGGAAAAAACAAAUAAUUAAUACGUAUGGAAAAACAUUGUUGAAAAAAACAAAAAGAAAAUAAUCAGUUUUCGGCGCUACAGCGUCAAUGUCAACGUUAUUAAUAAUCGUUACACGUUUAAUAAAUAAUGUUUUGUAAUAUAUUGAAA